AUGGCUGAUAUCGAUGUUGAAGACAUCCUGUCCCGACUGACCGUUGCCGAGAAGUGCGACAUAACAGCUGGACGCGACUUUGCACACACUGUGCCUAUUCCGCGGUUAGGCAUACCAGCACUAAGAACGAGCGAUGGCCCAAACACAGUGCGCGGUACACGUUUUUUCAACUCAACGCCAACGAUAUGCCUACCAGCUGGACCUGCACUUGCAGCUUCAUGGGAUCGACAGCUGCUGCGAGAAGUAGGAGGAUUGCUGGCCGAUGAAUGUAUCGCGAAAGGAACGCAUGUUCUCCUUGCACCCUGCGUGAAUAUUCCACGCACUCCGAUUGGAGGUCGUGGCCAUGAAGCCCUCGGAGAGGACCCCCUUCUCGCGGGUGUUCUUGCAGGCUACAUGUGCAUUGGCAUCCAAGAGAAAGGGAUCAUAGCCACGCCAAAACAUUUUCUCUGCUCUGAUCAAGAACAAGGCUGCUUCAGCAUGAAUUGCAUCGUCACUGAGCGCGCGCUACGAGAAAUCUACCUCAUGGCGUUUAUGUUGACUGUCAAGAUCGGCGACCCGGGUGCUAUCAUGGCGGCAUAUAACAAGAUCAACGGUAUCCAUAUUACCGAGGAUAAGCGCAUCUUGAAUGAUAUCUUGAGGGAGGAAUGGGGCUUUCGCGGUCUAGUCAUGAGCGAUUGGCACGGUCUAUAUGCAACAACAAGUCCCAUCCGAGCAGGACUAGACCUCGAGAUGCCAGGGCCCAGCCAAUGGAGAGGGAAAAGUCUAGCACACUCACUGCUGGCCGACCGACUCAGCACACGUACUCUUGACAACUGUGUGCGGCGCGUCCUGAACAUGGUCAAAGAAGCCGCUCGCUCCAAGAUACCCGAGAACGCGCCUGAAGAGCCUUUGAACCGCGAACAAGACCGGAAACUACUCCGUCGCGCUGCAGCCGAGUCGAUUGUACUCAUGAAGAAUGAGGACAAAGUGCUUCCGCUUGAUUCCAACAAACCCAUCGCCGUGAUAGGUCCAAACGCUGCUAUUGCCGCCUAUCGCGGUGGUCGCAUUGCCCAUCUCCGACCGUACUAUGCAGUGACCCCACUAGACGCCAUUACCCAGCGAAGCAAAGGAGAAGUUCAUUUUUCCCGCGGAAUAUACAACCACAAAGAACGACCUCUCCUCGGCCACCAGCUCCUCACCAAAGACGGCAAUUCCGGAUUCGACAUGUACAUCUACGCGGAGCCACCAUCAGUUGCCUCGCGUACCCCAGUCGACCAGUACGAGUUCCUCAACUCAUGUGGAUACUUCCUCAACUACGAGAACAUGGAUCGCGUCGAUGGUCAGAACUGGCAUGUGGACAUCUCGGGGCGCCUCGUCGCAAGCGAAACAGGGCCCUAUGACUUCGGCGUUAGUGUACAAGGUACCGCGAAUCUAUCCGUCGACGGGAAACUCGUCGUAGAUAACACCGAGGACCAGCAAUUCGGUGAAGGCUUUUUCCGCGCGGGUACGGUGGAGAAAGUUGGCACCGUCCACCUCACCAAAGGCGAGACAUACGAAGUACUAGUCCACUGGGCUGGUGCGCACACGUCUGAUCUCAUCAAGAACUCGCCACUUACAUUUCAUCCCGGUGGGCUACGACUAGGCGGAUGCUACCAGAUGGAUGUAUCGGCUUCAAUCCGCGCAGCUGCCGAGCUAGCGGGCCAAGUAGACCAAGUCGUUGUUCUAGCGGGCCUGAUGGGAGACUGGGAGAACGAGGGCGCGGAUAGACCCAAUAUUGAGCUUCCACAACACACUGGCGACCUGAUUGAGAGCGUACUGGAUGCGAAUCCCAACGCUGUCAUCUGCAUUAGUUCAGGAAGUCCAGUUACGAUGCCGUGGGCUGGUCGUACUAAGGCUUUGCUGCACGUUUGGUACGGGGGUAACGAGACGGGACAUGCCAUUAGCGAUGUUUUGUAUGGCGAUGUCAAUCCGUCGGGGAAGCUACCGCUUUCGUUCCCACUUUCGUUACGCGACAAUCCUACAUGGCUAUGUUCUCAAGCAGAGAGGAAGCGUAUCUUGUAUGCUGAAGAUGUGUACGUUGGAUAUCGCUUCUACGACACGAUGGAGAGACCUGUACUCUUUCCAUUUGGCCACGGCCUCUCCUACACCGAGUUUCGCCUCUCGGAUCUUCAGCUCGAAGUAAAGGGUUCGAAAGAGAAGGCGAUGAUUACGGCGCAGGUCAAGAUUGACAAUCUGGGUGACUAUGACGGCGCAGAAGUCGUGCAGGUAUAUGUCGCACAGCGGAAACCUAGUGUUGGUCGUCCGGCGAAGGAGCUCAAAGGGUUUGAGAAGAGCUUUGUUGCCAAACAGUCCAGCACUACAGUCAAGGUCGAAAUGGAGCUGAAGUAUGCGUUGUGUUUUUGGGACGAGGCGGAAGACCGCUGGGCUUGUGAAAAAGGCGAGUAUGAUGUUUCGGUGGGCACGAGCAGUAGGGGAGAGUUUUUACGAGAUACUUUGGUUCUUGAAGAGACGUUUUGGUGGUCAGGUCUAUAG